AUGCUACGAGUCGCGUGUCCCCUUGUCCUCUGCUUGCUGCUGUUGCAGCAGGCGUGUUACGCUCGGAAGUUGACAGCAUAUCGUAAUCGGCGGAACGUUCAACUGGAAGAUGCUGACAAUCAUCAAUCGGUCCCUGUCGCGAGUUUCGUUUCGAGUUCAGUCGAUCACGACUCAGGCGAUCUCGCUGUAGCCGCUUCUGGCCAUCACGGUCAUCAUCACGAGUCCGGUGGUGGUGAGAGUCAUCACGCUGAUCACCACGAGGAACACGGCGCGAAGGGGGAGAAAGGCUACAAGAGUCAUCAUCAUCACGACAAGAAUGACAAAGGCGAGCACGAUAAGCAUCAUGAUUCUGGUCACCACGAGGAGCACGGUGGCCAUAAAAAGGGACACCAUGAUGAGCACGAAAAAUAUGGGGAGCAUCACGAGGGCGAGAAGGGACACAAGGGUGGCAAGUUCGGUGAGAAGAAAGGACACAAGAAGGGCCACAAGACUAAAGGAUACCACAAUAAAUUUCACAAAGAUGAGUAUCAUAAAGAGCAUAAGUUUUAUGAUGACUACCAUAAAGGAGGACAUCAUAAGAAACAUGGAGACUUUCACGGACACCAUGAGAAGAAAGAAAGUGGACACAAGAAGGGUGACCAUCAGCAUUCCGAUUAUCACGAAGAUCAUCAUGGCAAGAAAGGUCAUCACGAUAAGGGACAUCUUGAUGAGGAGCACAAGGGUCAUCACGGAAAGCAUGGUCACGAUGAGCAUUACAGUCAUCAUGAUGCUUUCGGCAAGAAGGGCGAGCACCACGGUGGAAAGAAGUUUGGAUACAGUAAGGGGCACAAGGGUUGA